AUGGCAGUGGGAAACUUCUCCCGGGUGACUGAAUUGGUCCUCCUGGGCCUUUCCGAUACAAGGGAGCUGCAAGUCCUCUUCUUCACCUUCUUCCUCCUGGCCUAUGCCAUGGUUCUGCUGGGGAACCUUCUCAUCAUUGUGGCAGUCAGGACUGACCCCAACCUAUCCUCACCCAUGUACUUUCUCCUUUGCAAUCUGUCCUUCAUAGAUAUCUGCUGCACCUCUGUCACCUGUCCCAGGAUGCUGGUGGACCUGCUCUCCCACAGGAAAGCCAUUGCCUUUGAAGAGUGCAUAGCUCAGCUGUUUUUUCUGCACUUUGUGGGGGCAUCAGAGAUGUUCCUCCUGACUGUGAUGGCCUAUGACCGCUACACUGCCAUCUGCAAACCCUUGCACUACACAGCCAUCAUGAGCUGGCAGGUGUGCUGGGGUCUGGUGUCUGCUUGCUGGGCAGGGGGCUUCCUGCACUCCAUCGUCCAGACACUGCUCACAGUCCAGCUCCCCUUCUGCGGCCCUAACACCAUCGACAACUACUUCUGUGACGUGCCCUCUGUCGUUCAGCUUGCCUGCACAGACAUCUACGUCACUGAGUGGCUCAUGGCUUCCAACAGUGGCUUAAUAUCCCUGGCUUGUUUUCUGGUGCUGGUUAUGUCUUACACGUUCAUUUUGGUCACAAUCCGGGUCCACUUCGCUGAGGGGCACUGGAAGGCGCUCUCCACCUGCACCUCACACGUGAUGGUCGUUACCAUCUUCUUUGUACCCUGCAUCUUCAUCUACCUGCGUCUCUUUUCUUCCUCCCCCUCUGACAAACAUAUCUGUGUGAUCUACACUGUCAUCUCCCCAGUGAUGAACCCCAUCAUCUAUACCCUGAGGAAUAGCGAGGUGAAGGUGUCCAUGUGGAAACUGUGGAAGCGCUGCAAAGUCUUCUGA